UUCAGCUACAGAUGUGACUGCUACCCCACUCCACGUCUCUGAUCAUCACCUGAUUUGUAUCAUGACUGAUAUUUUCACCAUCACCUACAUCAUCAACUUUGUCUGUCAAGACCAUUUUUCUAAAAAUGGUUACACUUAUCCAGUGUCCCCUAACAUACCGUCUGCUGUUCUUCAAAACAAGGACUGUGAGAAAGCCUGGUACAGGAAGGCUCCAGGUGAUGGGUCGGAGUUGGAGUACUUGUCAGAUGGACAACUUCAUGUAAACCAAAGCAGACACCCGCUGGUUGUUGAUGUGAGCGAGAAAAAUAUCACAAUCAAAGAAUGCAUCGAGCUUCGCCAUAACGUAACGUGUCAUGGAUCGAAUGAAAAGCUUCGGCACCUUUACCAAGUCACUGACCACAACUCCAACUCCCCCAACGCCAACUCCGCCAAUGCCCCCCUCACUACCAUCUGGAUUAUCAUCUCUAUCAUCAUCUCCAUCACCAUCAUCAUCAUCACUGGGAUUAUAUUCUGGAGAAGAUUGAGAGGCUGCUGUAAACAAACAGAAGAACAGAAUGACAACCCAAACCGUGACCAUGAUGUAAGUGCUGAUCAGAAUGGUGAUGCUGUGAGGAUGCCGAUACAAGAUCAGACAUCAGAGAGUGAUGAAGGACCUCGAUUACGAAGUAACCAAAAUAACGGGGAUUGUGUUAUGGUGAACAUGAACGACUUUGAAAAUGACGGGAUGAAGAAAUGUAGAUGAUCAAACUGCUGAAGACGAUCAACGUUGUUCCAGUGGAGGAGUUUCCAGAGCCUUCUGUCAUUCAGUGAGGAUUAUGGUUCAGCUUCAGUGCCUCUGUCCUUCCUGCACUUGUCUUUUCUGUCACUGCACUUUUCCAUGACCUUUUUUUAAUUUUUUUUAAUCUUUUCUCAGAUAUGAAGUAGAUAAAACAAUAGAUUUCAAUCCAAAGUGCAAUGUUUUUAUACAAAUCUGUUAAUCUUACAAUGCAAAACUUUUCAGACUUUGUAGCAAUUUUGUGAAGCUCAUAAUUCUGUUAGAAAACAUCACGUAUUAAAAAGGGUGAAAACUGAAUUUUAUACAAGUUCUGGUCAAGUAACUACAGUAUUUUUAAAACUGUCCAUUAAUCUUGUACUGUUAAUUAAAAUUUACAGAACCAAAUAUCUGUAUUCUAUAAUUUAAAUUAUAAUUCCUGUUCUCUACUAAUAGAAAUAAGAGAUUAUUAUAGAGAUUAUUUUGAUAUUUAAAGAAUAUUUAUUUUAUUUUUUUGUUAAUAUUCCUUCACAAAAUUCCAUGCUGGCAUUAAGAUAUGUGUGGAUUUAUUUAUUUAUUUACAAAUGAAGGAGCACUUUAAAUCUCUGAAGGUAUCAUUAAUGUGCUGGUGAUGUUUUAAUACAACAUAGUAAAUAAAAUAGAAUUUAUAAUCUGAAAAUCUGAAUUUUUUUUAGAAUCUUUUCACUGAGUAGUGGUGAUGUUUUUAGCACAAUUAUGAUCAGCAAUUUUAAGCUUUAAUCAAACAGCAAGUGAACAUCUGUUUCUUCUGACCAAGCUUUAAUCUGUAACUUUACUCUUUAAUUUCUGUCAUCUUUUUAAAUAAAAACACAAACCCA